AUGGCAGGAACCAAUUGGUGGAAAUUCUAUGUGGAUACUACAUCAAACUUAAAGAAAGUUUGCCAGAAAUUAAGCAUGUGGUCCAGGGAAGUGUUUGGGGACAUAUACAAAGAGCCAAAGAGGUUGGAAACACGAAUUGAAAAUCUAGAAAAUGCUCUAGUAGUGGACAACUCGGCAAGUAAAAGAGCUGAGUUGAAUAAGGUGAAGGCAGAGUAUGUGCAGUUUCUUAAACUUCAAGAAGGAGUUCUACAGGCAAAAGGCAAAGUCCAAUUGGCUAAAAGACGGGGCAAGAGCACAACAUAUUUUCGUAGUGUUAUAAAAGGCAAAAGGAAGAAACUUAAUAUUCAAAGAAUCCAAGAUGAUAGUGGAAAUUGGAGAGAAGGGGGUCAAGAGAUUGCUUCAGCAGCAAUUGAUCACUUCCAGAGAAUAUUUUUUCAUAAUGAAGCCUCAGAGGAUAUGUCGGCGCUAGACUGUAUAGAACCAGGAGUGUCUAUAGAGGACAACAAAAUUCUUACAACAAUCCCAACAAUGGAUAAGGUGAAAGAUGAUGUAUUUUUCAUUAGCCUAGAGAGUGCACCUGGACCUGAUGGGCUGAGUGCAUUUUUCUACCAAACUUGUUGGUCUGUAAUCUCAGAGGACGUGUAUAAUGUUGUCGUGGAUUUCUUUCAGGGGGAAACCAUGCCCAGGUUCUUUGCACAUACAUUCCUAGUACUACUAUUAAAAGUGGACUUCAAUUAG